UCACGUGCGAAAUCAUGGCGCUGGACAGUGGAGUUGCCUCCUUGGGGGUGGAGGGAGCUCAGGCUGCAGCUCACGCGCUGUCACUGCCGGCCGAAGCGUACGGUAACGAUGAACGCAUCGAAGCCAUAUGGGCAAUGAAGGCUUACAAUCACGCUGAAAUUUACUUCAACCUCAUUUCCUCGGUCGAUCCCAAAUAUCUCAAACUUACGAAAAACGACGACCUGAUUUACACCAAGUUCAAGGAGACGUUUAACGAUAUUAAACUUCAGAUUUUGGACCCGGAGCAGCUAAAAUCUGCAGAGGCCAAAGAGAAAUGGAGGCCAUUUUGUAACAGUUUUGAAGGUGCCGUUGAGGAUUUUAACUACGGUACGCUGCUACGGCUGGACUGCUCGAAAGAGUACACCGAGGAGAACACCAUAUUUGCCACCAGAAUCCAGUUCUUUGCCAUCGAGAUUGCAAGAAACCGCGAAGGCUUCAAUGAUGCCAUAUACAACGCCAGCGUGAAGCAGAGGCAACAGAGCCAGUCCAGCGGGCAGAGCUAGUGUGGAGGGUGGAGUCACCAGCGGCCUGUGAAUGGUGGUGGUGCUGACCAAGGCCAACUCUAAACACAUCCUCUCCGCAACACAGCAUGUUCCGCGGGGGACAGAGGAAGGACUCCCUGGCUCUCUGACUUGCCUGGCCCGUCAUAUUUGAGUAUUUAUGUUCUAAAGAA